CGAUUGGUUGUUACUAAAGGGUGAGAGGUCGAGGUUAAACUAGCAGUAGCUCAGUGAUUACAUCCUGUUUUUUUUUUUAAAGUCUUCUAUCUUGGGGUUUCUACUUUGUAUUUAAUGAAACAUGGGGACAGAAACGCUCACCGAAAGCACGGCUGACCAGGUUUUGACGGCAGAAGAGCGUCAAAACCUUUUAGAAAUUGAUAGUUGCCUGUUUGGAUUCAUUCAGCUGGAUGACGGUGACCAACCGAAGAGACGUCUUCUUGAGAAGGGUAUUAUAUAUUAUCAACAGAAAAUCCAAGAACAUGCAAUUCUGCUUACGAAAGAUUCAUCAAAAGGCAAGGAUCCCGCUAUUGCUAAUAUUUACCGUGAAUUGGGUCAUGUACAUUUACUUCUUGAACAAUAUAGUAAAGCUCUAUCAGCUUAUCAGAAAUAUUAUUAUUCUAAUCAGGAAACCUGGAAGGAUGCUCCAUUCCUUUAUGGUCUUGGGACUGUGUACUUUCAUUUUGGGGCUUUUCAUUGGGCUAUCAAGGCUUAUCAGCAAGUUUUAUACAUCGAACCAGCAUUUAGUCGAGCAAAUGAAGUGCAUCUGCGGCUGGGGUUGAUGCACAAAAUUUUGACUAAUUAUGAAACUAGUCAUAAGCAUUUCCGCUUAGCUCUUCAAGAUAGUAGUAAGUGUACUGUGUCAAAAGCUGAAAUACGUUUACAUAUAGCUCAUCUAUUUCAAGUUCAGGGCAAAUACAAGCAGUCGAAAGAGGCUUACGAACAAUUCCUUUUACCUGAAGACAUCACUGACAAAAUAAAAGCUAUUGCUUACAGACAAUUAGGCUGGUUAUUCCAUACUGCAGAACAGCUUGGUGAUAAAAGCACACGAGAACCAGUUGCAAUUCAUUAUUUACAUAAAUCAAUAGAAUUAGACUCUUCUAAUGGACAAACCUGGUACCUCUUGGGCAGGUGCCUGUCUAGUAUAGGAAGAGUUCAUGAUGCCUUCAUCCACUAUCGUCAUUCAAAAGACAAGUGGGAGGCUAAUGCUGACACAUGGUGCUCUAUAGGAGUACUGUAUCAGCAACAGAACCAGCCUAUGGACGCUCUGCAAGCCUACAUCUGUGCAGUGCAGUUGGACCGCACUCACACUGCAGCAUGGACUGAUCUAGGCAUUCUCUAUGAGACAUGCAACCAACCUAGAGACGCCCUUACUUGUUAUAUAAAUGCUACAAAUAACAAAGCUUCUGUAAAUCCUAAUCUAGCAGCUAAGAUAAAGUUUCUGCAACAGCAUCUUGUCAGCAUACCUCUUCAACAUUUACAAAACAGACCUAAAACCCUACCUAGUUUAGAAGAAGCUUGGAGUUUACCAAUUCCAGCUGAACUUAUUUCUCGACAAGCAGCCAACUCUGCCGCACAGCAGCAGCAACAGGUGUCUGAUUGCUCAGCAGCAUCAGACCCUGUUUCAAAGUCACCUACGGCAUCGAGCACCCUUUUAACAGAGUCUGCCAUGGACAUAGAUCCUAGUUCAUCUGCUGUACAAGCUAAGAAGAAAAAAUAUACUCCUACCCCAGCUUCCCGUAAAAGGAUCUCAGAUUCAGUAGCAGCAGCAGCAGCGAAAGACAGUGUGGCGUUGACAAGAAAUGUUACUGAUGAGGAGCUGAAUACAUUACUACAAAACCGAGUUAGUGAUGACUUAUUUUCACACAUCUCACAAGGAGGAAGCAAUCAGAAAUAUGAGAAGAAAAGAACUACAGAUAAUUCCCAAUCUACACAGCCAAGCAACAAUGUAAAUAUUACCUCUGUAAGUGGAGCCACAACAACUGCUUCAGCUGUUAUUGGAAACACUGCCAUUUCCUCCAAUAACUCAUCCAGUCAGCCACAUUCCAGAUCUCAGGUUCUUCAUAUGCAAGGCAAGACUAAAAAGCCAAGCUUGGCAGGUAUGUCACAGAAUAGUGAUAAAAUGACACAUGAAAACACUCCCAAAAGUGAACCUGUUGUAGCUCUUAAUACAAAGGUUGAGUCAAGACUGCUGUGCCGAUAUCUAAACCCCCCUAAAUCUGCCUUAAAUUUAUCAAUACACAUGUCUGCACGAGAGGUCCUUGAAGCAUGUAAGGGUUUAGGUAGAAAUGGUAUCACAUCUUAUUUUCUUGAUGAACGACCGCCCCGACCUGCAUCCCCACCAUAUCCACCACUGCCAAAAGAAUCUCUUAACCCUCCAACACCAAGUGUUUAUUUGGAAAGUAAGCGUGAUGCAUUCUCUCCAGAGUUACAGCAAUAUUGUUAUACACAACCUGUCGUGGUGAUCCGUGGUUUAGCAGGAGCUUUGAAAUUAGAUCUCGGUUUAUUUUCUACAAAGUCUUUAGUUGAAGCUAAUGCUGACCAUCGUGUUGAAGUACGAACACAACGUCAACAACCUCCUGAUGAAAACAAAGAUCAGUAUGGAAACAACCUUUGGUAUUGUGAAAGUAGUCGGGGCCAUACUUGUGUAGCUAAAUAUGCACAAUACCAGGCCUCAUCAUUCCAGGAAUCCUUAAAGGAAGAGCAGGAGAAAGUGAGGGGUAACUACCGGGAAACAGACAGUGAUUCAAAUUCAUCCUCAUCUUCAAAACCAAAAGUGAAACUCAUAAAAUUUGGUACAAAUGUUGACUUAUCUGAUGAAAAGAAGUGGCGGCAACAGUUACAUGAACUUACAAAGUUACCUGUAUUUACUAGGGUUGUGUCUGCAGCUAAUCUAUUGAGUCAUGUUGGUCACAUUAUCCUAGGAAUGAAUACUGUACAACUUUACAUGAAAGUACCAGGUUCUCGGACACCAGGUCAUCAAGAAAAUAAUAAUUUUUGUUCAGUUAACAUUAACAUUGGACCUGGUGAUUGUGAAUGGUUUGCUGUUCCAGAUGAAUAUUGGGGAGUUAUCAAUGCUUUGUGUGAAAAAAAUAAUGUGAAUUAUCUUUGGGGCUCUUGGUGGCCUGUUCUUGAAGAAUUAUAUGAAGCCAAUGUUCCUGUUUAUCGUUUCAUUCAAAAGCCUGGUGAUCUUGUUUGGGUUAAUGCUGGUACUGUUCACUGGGUUCAAGCUAUUGGCUGGUGCAAUAAUAUUGCAUGGAAUGUAGGACCACUCAAUGCUCUGCAAUUUAAACUUGCAUUGGACCGUUAUGAAUGGAAUAAGUUGCAGGCUUAUAAAUCAAUAGUUCCAAUGGUUCAUUUGGCAUGGAAUCUAGCACGAAAUCUGCAUAUAUCUGAACCUAUGUUGUUUGAAGUAAUCAAGUCUUUCUUAAUGAAAUCUCUCCGCCAAAUACAAAUGUGUUUGGAUUUCCUAGAGGCCUAUGGUGUUGAAUUAAAGUGGCAUGGCCGUGUUCAGAAUGAAGCUGCUCACUACUGCAACGAUUGUGAGGAAGAAGUUUUUGAUAUCUUAUUUGUGAGUGAACAAGAUAAAAAGCAUAUUGUCCACUGCCUAAACUGUGCUUGCAAGAUCAGUCCAAACUUAGAAGGCUUUGUCGUUCUUGAACAAUAUCGUUUACAAGACUUAAUUGAUAUGUUUGAUAAAUUUCAACUUCAUCCUUCAAUUCACCAAGUAAAAAGAGCUCCACAGACCAAACAAAUAACUUCAUCACAACAACAACAACAACAACAGCAGCAGCCAUCACAAUCAAAACCAACAAGUAUCAGCAAUUGUUCAUCAUCAUCAUCGUCAUCAUCAUCAUCAUCUUCGUACUCUACCAUUACAUCAAGCAGCUCUACUUUGGCACAUCAGGCAGGACAGCUACCUCGCCGAAGUCCUUUAGUUCAUCUGCCAUCUACAGAAGCUCUCUCUGGAGCAGUACACAUACCUCCCCAGCUGCUCAACACAACCACAUCAACAACAAACAGCUCUAUGUCUAAGUAAGUCAACAACUGUGUGCAGAGCAAUAGACUAAUCACAAACGUAGGGCAAACAUUCAUCUUCAUUGAUGCCUCUUAAACCAGAGGACUAACUAUCUGCCAUGUAAUUCCUUAUAAUAAAAACUGGUUCUCUUUGAAGAUUCUUCAGCUUUUUGGCUGCAAGACAUAGGGUGAUCUGAAAGAUACUUCAGAGCAUUUUUGAUUAUUAUGCAAGUCUUUUUUUUUUUUUUUUUUUUUUUUUUUUUUUUUUUUAGUUUGUUUGUUUUUCCCCUUUCCCUUCCUUCCUUGUUAGCCACUGUAGUUAACAUCUAUAUCCUAAUACUUUCCUAUCCCUCUGAAGAGAAAGCAAAAAUUACAGCCAAAAUAGAGUCUGAAUUCCAGUCUUUCAAUUCCAGUAGGUAUUAUGUCUUUCAGAUGUGAUUAAAAUAGGAUACCUAUAUAGAAGCAAGCAUGUGCAUAUACAUGCUCUCACGUGAAUGGCUAUGCAUGUAUUUGCACACACUUUCGAAAAUGAAAUGUUCUGUUCAAAAGGAUUGUAACUUAAUGUGUUUCAAAGGCAGUUUAGAAAAAAAAAAAUCCCAAUAUUUUUAUUUAACAGAUGUUCUCAGAAAGUAAUUUGAUAUGGAAGUGAUUUUAAAAUAUUACUAUCCUAUGAUAAUGUACCUGCCAUUGAAGCACUUAGCUGUUACUGAAAUUAAGUUAAUAAAAUGUACAACUUUCAUUUUAGAGGUAACUAAAAUAUAAGUAAUCAUUAAUUUGGAUUACACUUAGACCCAUUUUAACCAAUUUGUGUUCUUACUAAUUUCAUUAUUCUCUUACUAAAACCUGUUGUUAAUAUGAAUGUUCAUAAAUAGUACUAAAUAAGAGUUUAUAUUUACAAUAGCAUCAGUUCCUUUCUCUAUUGGCUGUUAAUCUUAAAACUGGCACCUGUGUAUCAGACAUUAUUUUCUUUCAAUUUUUAAUUCAUUACUCAGUUGCCUUGCUUUUUAUUCAUCCAGGAAAAGUUUAUAUUUAAAGCAAAUAUCCAACAGAUAAUUUUAAAUAAUUGGAAAUAUAAAAUGUUUUCAUCAAUAACUGAAUCGGUACUGAUUACAAAUUAAAGCCCUGCCGCUCUACACUUAUGUCUUAAUAUCUACCCCCUCUUUUUUUUAAGUGGUUGUAGUUGCAAUUCAUUUUGAAUAUCGGGAAACGAAAAAAGACUGAAUUUUUGCAUUUAUCAUUUAUAUAUACACAUAUAUUCUUUUUUAUUACUGCUUUUAUUUUAUAACCCCUCCUCUCUGGUUUACCUCUUUUACGGACUCAUAUUUUCUGCCUGGAAAUAUCUUUUCCAUUUUGCAAGGUUACCUGGAUUGUCUUUGAACAUGGCUUGGAAUUGUCACUGCCAUUGCCUCAAUCUUCCUCUUUAUUGCCAUGCCAACAGGUAACUAAGCAACAAUCCAACUAAUCAGCCAUAAUAAUAUGUGGCUGUUUUCCUUUCCUUUUUCUUUUUUUUUUUUUUCUUUUUUUUGUUAUUAGCUUAGAAAACUGUUUUAUCUAAAUCCUUUUGGUAAUUUUUUUGUGUUCAACUCUGGUAAUUUAGUGGUUCUAACAAAAAGCCUUUGAAACCUAAAUUUUACUGAAAUUAUAUUUUCCUUUUUAAAUUUCAUUUUAAUUAUCAAUACAAGUUUAAAUUGAAUUUUCACAGUUAUAUUAAGUAAAUUAUUUACAUUUAUUUAAAUUUUUUUUAGUGAAAAAAGAUUUUCUUUCCGCAACAAAUUUAGUUCGUUUUUCAACCUAGAUUUUACCCCUUAUCUCGGGUACCAUUUGAUUCAAUGGCAGAUAUAUCAUGAAUCAUGUAUCAAGGAUCUUGUCGACAAAUCUAAAUUAAUUGAGGGCAGGGUCCUCGUAUUAACAGCUGGAUUCAGUACCAACAUUUACUAAUGUGAUUCAGGAAUUCGACUAUAUUUCUUCAUCACAUAAAACUUGUGAUUUUUGUGCCAAUAUAUCACCAACCAGAAUUUAUUUUGUAUGCUAGCGUGUGCGUGUGUGUGUUAUUUUUAUUUUUUCCUGUGUGCAAAACAAUUUCUAAAAAUCUUAUUCACCACUGUUAGUGUCUCUUUUAAAAAAUGUUUUCUUUUUGUUGGAAUAUUCCAAUUCAUUUUGGUUGUUAUUUUUAUAUUUAUAAUUUCUUAAAAUACUUUUUAAGUAAUAUUUUUCUUUUAGUCUCAUCUACAGUUGGCAAAACUAUUUAAGAAAACAGUUAUCUUGAAGGGAAGUCUUUGAUAUUUGUUUUGUUUUCCUCUAUUUUCUAGCAGUUCAACUGAUUUCAACUUUCUAACAGUACUCUAUCACCUCAAAAACUCAGAAUUCUAUUUAUCAAGCAGUAGGAGAUACCUUAAAAUUUUAUUUUAUUAAUUAUUACCUCUCGUAUAUAAAUUUUAUAUGUCAUGUAACAUUUUUGUUUGCAAAAUAAUGUAUGAAACUGGUUGGAAAGAGAGCUUCAGUGACUAUCACUUUUAGUAAAUUCUAAGAGUAUUGAAUUCAAACUAUCUUCAAAUUUCCAAUGUUGAUGCCAUGUGAAAGAACAAAUACACAAUUUGUAAUUGUGAUAAUGGUUGUUGUAUUGCUACUGAUGUAUGUGACCUCAGGGACUUACUGCCACUGUUAUUAUCUCUUCUGUCCUUUGAGGCUCACAUGCUAUAUAAGUUAAAAGGUUAUGUAUAUGGUAUGUAUGGAUUGCAUUAUAUAUUUCUUUACUGACUGACCAAUCAGACUAUCAGAUCCUAAAAACCACUGCCAUUAAAUUAUCUGUAUACCUUUACUUGGAGAUAAGCAGCAGUAAUGUAUAAGUCACUAUUCUCAAACAUCUCAGCUCUUUUAUGCACCCAAUGAAUAUUUAUUUUGUUAAAAAUUUGUUUUUAUUUUAUAAAAUUAAAAACUUUAUUACUAAGUGAAUGUUAAUCAGAUAUUCAUCACUUGUUUGACAUCUUCUUUGAAUCCAUCUUAUUCUAGGUUUCUUGGCUUAUGUUGAGUGUAUGUAAAAUGUUACUUAUGAACUGUAAAGUAUCAUGUCAAAAAACUUCCCCUUGCUAACUACUGCCAUUACAAAUCUUAUCUUUUUAAAAAUAUAUCUGUUGUAAGCAUUAUUUAUUAAGGCUUCACCAUAUUGUGGACUAUCUCUGUGAGCUUUGUCCGUCCGUGCACUAGUCUUAUGAAGAUUUGCCAACCUACUGUUCCCCUGAAGACAAUUCGCAAUGCUUGCCAUUUCUAUACAAAGAACAGCCUUUGCAAUCAGUUCUUAAUAUAAGCACCAGGGUAACUAGUUGACAGUGUCAGUUUGCAAUUUGGUAAUAUAAACACACACAAACACAUAGUUAUAAUGUAUCCUUUCAUGUAAAUUAGCUUUCUACAGUAUUUUUUUUCCCCUGUGCUCAUGAAUAAUUCAUUUUGUGGCCUUCAUUAUUUUAAUCAGUUUCUCUCAUAAAACCUUAUUUAAAAUUAAUUUUACAUUGAUAAUUCUAUUGGUCAAUAAUGGCCCUUUGCAUCCAUUGAUCUCAUCUCAUUUUGUUGAAUAGCAAUUUUCCAGUUCUAAACAAAAAUUAUCAUUUAUAUAAUUAACUUUAUUUAUUCCUGUCUGUGUUGUUUUAUCUAAUUUUGCAAGCCUCCUCUUAAUUUUAAUAAUGCUCAGCAGUUAUCAUACUUUCAAUUUCUUUUAAAAUUUGAUUUUUACUUUUCUAGUUCUGCAAUGGAAAACCUAUUUUCUAAUAUUCUGAUGACUGAUCAGCCAUUAUUAAUAUAGUUGCUACUGACGAUGAUCAUAAUUAUAACAGUUUAGCACACUUAAUGUAUACAAUUUCACAAGAGAAGAUGGCUCUAAAAGUAAAUACUUGAGUUAUUUUUCAAGUUAAUAAGUCUGUAAUUUGAGGAUUAUUCAUUAGGUGAAAUGAAAUGUAUCUAAUUGCAGCAGCAUAAUCAAAGACCUUAAUUUGUAAUAUAAUGUAUAAAAAAUGGUUACUGACAUUGGUUAAUAAUAGGAAAAAAAAAAAAACGUACUUAAUAUAGGUUUAAAGUAUUAUAUGCUAUUUUAUAACAUAUAUUAACUCAGUUACUGUGUCUAUAUCAUUGAUACACAAGUUGUAUUAUCAUGAUUGGUAAUUUCUAUUUCUGAUCAAUUCUUCUAACCUUCAAUAUUUUUCUAUUUUCUUCAGAUUUUUAAAUAUAUAUUUUAGAUCAUUAAAUUAUUUUUAUGUCAUUAGGAAAAUUUGGGGGGUUUGGUUUUGUUUCCAAAACAAGGUUUCUUUAUAACUUUAUCAUCCGAAUUUGUUCACUUUAUUUCAUAACGUGUGUAAUUAUCUAUUACACAUCAUUCCAUACUCAUCUAACUAGUAUUCAGUUUGAGAUUGUUUUCAUAAUCUAUUUAGUUCAUUUGUGUUUGCCCUAAUGCUGAUUACAUUACUAAAUCAAUCAGUAUAUUGAGAUAAUGAGGGCCACUUAUAAAAAUAUAUUGAAAUGAGGACCACUAUAAGAAAGAAUAGUUUAUAUUGCAAAACAAAUAUUCCUAAAUGCAGAAGUUUUAAUUACUUUGUAUAAAUGGAUUCGCUUUCAUCUUUGUGUAUUUCACAAUAUUCCAUAGUCUUUAACAGAUUAUUUCAGUUGCUCUGAGAGUUAUGACUGAAUCAACAUUGUAUAAUCUUAUAGUUCAUAAAAUCAUUUGCUCUAAUGCACUAUAAUUAAAGACUAGUAAUCUGUUAUAUUAAUAUUUUAACUUUUGCUUAUAUACUUUCAAAAUUGCUAUAAUGGAUCUUUCUAGUUGACUACCAUCAAAUUAUACUGAACAUCUGUAUUGAAGUUCCUUUUUUAUUCAGUGUCAAAGUGGAUCUUUUUCAAUAUCUCAAAAUGAUCUCUUCCUUUCAAAAAUUGUACUAAUUUUAAACCAGCUUAUUUAUUCUAAUUCUUGAUGAUAUUGAUAUGAAAAGUAAUAGGAAUAUUAUAUUAGGUUUUUAAUACAUUUUUACUUUUAUAUAUGUUUGUAGGAUCUUGGCCAACCAGAUAAUAACUUUUUGAAACUAUGGAAAAUAGUAUUCUUCAAUUACUUCCAAUGAAUUAUUUUAAAAAGUAGAAAUAAGGAGAUAUUUCAUCUCCUGAUCAUCUCAUCUAUUUAUUGCAUUUUAUAUCAUCAUUUCAUUCAUUUGUUACAAAAUAAUAAAAUAGAGAUUUCUUUGUAGAAUACUUUUAUUUCUGUGUGUAUGCGUGUGUGUGUGUGUUUCCAUUUUCACUACUUUUGAAAUGUUUUUAUAGUAUUACUGGUUUGCUCAGAGUCUUCUCUUCGAUUUCCUAUUAUGUUUCUGUUCUUAAUAUUUUAGAGUAAAGAAAUAUUAGAUGACACGUAUUUUUAUCAUUUCAACUCAAUUACAUCCUGUCUAUCAUUGUGAUCUCUUUAGAUACUUCGCUUUAUUCUCCACUUAAUAUUACUCUAUUCCCUAACGUAUCUUUCUUUUUCAAUUAUAUGGUUCUUUGUAGCAUCCAGACAAAAACACUAGAAAAGCCAUAAGCAACCAAAUAACAUACACACACACAUGCAAACUCUUAAAAUUUUAAAUGAAAAUGGUAUUGUAACAAGAUAUUUGCAGAAAUAAAAUUAUCUCAUUCUAAAUGAUUUCUAAACUAAUGAAGAGGUUUGAAUAUAAUGAAAUGGAUUUUCUAAAUUAUUGACUUUUGUUCCUUUGUGUGCCUGUGUUUGAUUCUUUUUUUUUUAUCAUUAUUAUUGAUAAUUGUUUUAAUUAUUCAGUAGUUAUUCAUUUGUAAUCCACAUCAUUUUAUUUUUACUUUAUUGGCUUUAUAUUCUGAAAUUCCAUCAGCAGAAACAUUCUGUAAGAUUUAUAUAACAUUCUCAAAGUACAUUAUCUCUAUGAAAACAUUUCUAUUUCAUGUGUAGGUAAAAUUGACAAGAAAAGCAAAAUAUCUCGACACAUAAAGCAUCUUCCUUAAAUUUUUCUGUUUGAUGAAUUAAUAAAUUAUUUCUUAUUUAAAAAUAAAAUUCUGUUUGAUAUCUCUUGGUGGCCAUGUAAAUUGGAAGGUAGAUUCCUUUUUGUGUUUACUAAAAAAGAAAAAAAAAAUGAAUUUUCUAUCUUUACAACUUGCUGAUUUCACUGCCACUUGAUCUCAAAUCAUCAUAUUUGACAUCUAAAUUAAUGUUCCAACAUGAGGUUCACUUUAAAACAUUCUCUUCUUUACCAAUACUAUAUUUUGUUACUUUCAUCUACCCUUUAUUUCAUCAUAGAUGAAGGUAAAUGUUUGUGAUUUUUUUUUUUAAUUACAAACUCCAACAGAUGUAGACAAUGAAGAUUUUCUUCUUUUCAUUUUUUUAAAAAUUUUUGAAUUUUAUUUAUUAAUUUAAAAUUUUUUUAAAGAAAGGGAUAUAGACGUUAAUCUUUUGUUUCCCCUUUAAUUUGAUCUCUAUAGAAAAAAUACAGGAUUGCCUGCUUUUGAUUUUCUGAUUUUAUAGUAUAUUUAAAAACAAAAUAUAUUUCUCCCAUGUAGUUAACUAUCAGUGUAUUUGUUUGCUGAGUGGGUUUCCUUUCCUAUUAAAUAACAUACUCCAAAACUAUUUUCUUCUUCCUCCUCAAUCCUGCUAUUUUUUAAAUCCAACAAAUUUUGUUUAUAAGACCAGUAUUUUUAGUUUUUAGAUUUAUACAAUAUAUAUACACACACACACACACUUAGACAGAAAAUGUGUGUGUGUGUGUGUGUAUCUAUAUCUAUCUAUCUAUCUAUCUAUAUAUAUAUAUAUAUAUAUAUAUAUAUAUAUAUAGAUAGAUAGCUAUUUUAUUUGUUUUGUUUAUAUUUUUUCUUUCUUUCUCAUCUGAAGUGGUCACCAAAAUAGAUAAUUUUUCAAUAACGUAAGUGUAAUAAUGUCUCCAGUCC